ACACAUUGUCUAUGUGACACACAUUCUGUGCAUAUUUUCACUGACACACACAACACAUAAGAACGCUAUCACUGAGGCCUGCCCCCCCAACCCCUACACACUCAUACCAAUCGCAGAGAGUGCUUUGUGCAUUCACUGACUGGCUGGGCAGUUACUGGAGAGAGAGAGCAAGACUGGUGGGAGGGGGAAGAUGGAGACAGCAAGACACAGAAAUAUUAGAAAGAGAAGCAGACAGAUAGAGAAGAAGGAGAAAUUAAUACUGGGGGGGACAUUAGAGACAGAUCCUAACUGGUGGGAAGACAGACUGAGCAGGGCAGGAAGGAGAGUACAGAAAUAGGAAGGGAGCCGGGAAUUGUCCAGUAGAGAGGAAGAGAGGGAGUUGUUGUUGUUAAAGAGACUGAGAGGAACUGAUGGGAUGGCAUUGAUCUCUGGGAGCUGCCGACUCCUGGGCCAGAUGGCGUCUUGUUGCUGCAGACCUCUCCUCAGCUCCUCCUGUUGCGGACCGCUCAUCAAACUGUGCCUCUCCUCAUUCACAGACAUCUCUCCUGCCGAACUGGAUGCUCUAUGGAGGGAACCGCCAUAUACUCUCGGUGGAGCUAAUGAACACUUCCCAGGAAAUGACAUCAUGACUCAAGGUGCUGGUGAAGAGGAGGAUGUUGCAAUAGUAAUAUCAGGUGAAGGUACGGUGGAGCCUGACAGUUACUGGAAGAAGAGGAAGGAGGCCUUCCUUAGAGGAAGUACCGUGUCACUUGGAGACAAAUUCUCUUCAGAAAUCGUGCUACUGUUCACCGGACGACGGCGUUCCAGUGCAGAUUCUGACCGGACCCUGCAGGAGGCGCUACGCACACGACUCCGAGUGGUGGAGAGCAACAGCCAGGACGUCAUACAGCUCUUCAAAGACUUGUCUGCACGUCUGGUCUCUGUCCACGCUGAGAAGGAUAGCUUUGUACUCACAUUCAAAACUGUAGAGGAAAUCUGGAAGUUUUCAACAUACCUUGCACUAGGCUAUGUGGCUCGUUGCUUGGAAAACUUCCUCUGCGAUCCGUCAUUCUGGCUGGACCCAGAGCUGCUCAAUGACUUGCAGAUCAGUGUGACGGUGGAUGAGGAACAUCUGGCCACACUGUACCUUGGACUUUUACUCCAGGAAGGAUCCUGCUUUGCUAAGGCGCUGUUCACCAGAGCCGACAAUGACGAGGAUGAGGAGCAGCUGUCGUUCCAAAAGAAUGACCUCUUGGUGGUGAGGGACACGGGGCAGGAUGACAUGUGGGAGGGCACCUUGCUCACCACUGGAAACCACGGCAUGGUGCCAGUCACUGCCAUGCAGCCCCUGCCCUACCCGUUCUAUCAGUGGUUCCUGAAGAAGUACCCAGUCUAUGCUGGAUGCUCACAAACAGAAAGGGAACCAUUUGAGCAUCCUAUCGUGACUGGCUCCUGUGUGGCAGUAGCUGACUACAGCCCAGUGGGACCAGAUGAGCUCCCGCUCAGCCAAGGUGACGUUGUGGAGAUCCAGGGUCUGUUGCUCCGAAGCCUGGGUGUUUUCAUAGGACGACACACUUCAACUGGAUGCCGCGGCUUUGUUCAAAUAGCUCACGUCAAGCCUCUCAAUACUGCACCCUUAGAUGGACAAUUGGUCUUUCUAACCGAGGAGGAGAAAGCCAGCCUUGCUCAGGUUAACCCUUGCAGUUCUGAGCUGAGCGACAGCGGCCUGCUGGAAAGGCUUUUCUCGACUGACAUCAGCUCCGUUUACAGGCUAGAUAGGCUGGAUGAAACCGACUUCAUGUACAUUAGGAGUCGGCCAAAACAUGAUCUUAAAGGCCUUACGAGCGCUCGUCAAAGCAUCAUGUCAGAGAGAAGUGGAGUCACACCCACCCACCAGUCGUCCCCUCGCCAAUCGCUCUCUCGCUCCUCUCCUCAUCUGUCCCUCUGUCACUCUCUCAACCCUCUGCCACGAGAGGGAGAGCGCCUAUCCUUCACCCUGGAUGACACAUUCAGAGAACUGGACGAGUUCCAGGAAGAUCCUCCUCUUUUCUUGGAAGAGAACAGCUGGGAUGGGGAGGAGUCAGAGAGCAGUGACCCUACACUGACUCUACUCAACCAGGAACACUUCCAGGAUGCUUUCUUGCCCCUAUAUGACCUGCAGUAUUCCUUCCUGUGGGUGACUUUCAGCGGCAAGACUGAGGACGAGCUGUCAGGUCACCUUGAGAGUGUCAGAGAGUGUGCCAAGAGAAUGGGAAUGCACUGGGCGCAUCGGCGGGCAUGCUUUCUCCUGGGGAGACUAUGUGCCAGGAAGCUAAAGUUCUCACAGGCACGUGUAUACUACGAGGAAGCUCUGAGCGUCAGUGUCGACAGCUUCUCUGACGUUCAGCUCCUCGUUGCCCUCUUCACAAACCUCACUGCUAUUUACCUGAAGCAACGCAUGACUGACAAGCUGCCCCAGACUCUGGAGAAGGCCAGCGCCCUGCUCCUAUGCCUCCCCUGUCGUUCCUUCACAUCGACCGAUGAAGUCGAACUGCUCAAGGUGCUCCUGAGGAGAUCGGUGGUGAUGGUGGACAAGCACCUGGAGGCUCGUAUCUGCUACCUCAUGUCCACCCUCUUCCUGCUACUCAAGAAGAGCGAUGACGCUCUUCCUUUUGUCGAGCGGCUCCAGUUUCUUUCACUGACUCUGUCUGCCGCCGACGGGCAACCGAUAGCUCCUUUGGAUCUCAACUGGCUCCUCAGUUGGCUCUAUCACUGCAAAUACAUGCCUUACUUAGCACUUGCCUCGCUGAGCCUGGAUUCGAGACAGGACCACUCUCUCCACAAUGUCUUUCAGAGGAUUGAAUUAUUUAUCAGGAACUCUGUUCGUUUGAACCCCUGCUGGAAGGAAGGAACCUCACUGCUCCCUGCUCAGAUCGUAGUUUACCUGCAGCAGACUCUGGCAAUAGCCGAGCGCGGGGAUGACAUGAAGAUCCAAAGGGACCUGUGUUUGGGCUUGGCCUCAGUUUACCAGCAGUACGGCGCUCUUGAUAAAGCACUGCACUGUGCUCAACGAGCUGUGGAGAAAGGAGGCCACAUCAAUGAGGAGGAGGGAUUUGAGGCAUCUGUGUUGCUUGGGUGGUUGCUGGUGUUGACAGGCCAGGCUGAGAAGGCCCAGAGUGUUCUACAACCACUGCUCACAUCACUACAGGGAACAGACAGUCCCACUCAGCGAGGUGUGAUCCAUAACCUGCUGGCUUUGUGUCUGAGGCGUCAGGGUCGCAUCCCAGAGGCAGGAUGGCACCUCCACUCUGCCUUGGUAAUCUCCAGAGAAAAUGGAAACCAAAGGAAUCAGGCCCUGGCACUUGCCAACCUGGGGUGUCUGGCACUGGACGCGGGGGCGUCUUUGAUUGCAGAACGCUUCCUGGUCAGAUCCAUGUGCCUUUUUUGGGAUCUCUGGGAAAGCCCGACAGAUGAGGAGCACGUUCAAACCUACCUGUGGCUGGGGCGUAGCUACAAAGACAGGGGGCGGAGUCAGGACAUCAGGGCAUGCUAUGAAAUUGGGUUACUAAUUGCACUACAUGCCAAAAACCUACACAGUCAGAUGGUGGUGGCCAAGGUGCUGAGCCGACUGUAUGCUGACAUGCUGCUUUAUGGUCAGAGCAUUGUCUACUAUGAGCACUGUGUGUCAGUGUCCAGAGAACUGAAGGAUAAGAGACUGGAGGGGGAGUAUCUGGAAAAGCUCAGUAGCCUCUACCUCACACUCAACGAUGAGAGGUCAUCUCGUAAAUCUCUCGACUACACCAAACAAAGCUUGAGAAUUUCUAUCGAUCUGGGAAAGAAAGAGGAAGAGUCUGAGACCUGGCUACAGGUCGGACGCAUUUAUUAUCUCGUUUAUGAGGAUGAGUUGGCUGACAUGUAUUUACAGGCAGCAGUAAAGACAGCCUUAAGGAUGAAUGACCCUCACUUUGCCAUGAGCAUCUAUGAGGAGGCAGGAGAUGUUUACUUUAAAGGUCACAGGAACCGGAUGGCUUCACUGCCGUUCUACAGGGAUGGGAGUCUGCCGUUUGCGAGGAGCAUCGAUGACAUCCACUCAGAGUUUCGAUUGUUAAGUAAACUCACAGACCUGCUGAUGAAUGAAAAGGAGCACGAGGAGGCUCUGCAGUAUGCAACACUGGCUGUCCAGGUCGCCAGCAAAACAGGAGUGAGUGUGAAUGAGAGGAGUGCUUACCAUCGAUUAGCUACAAUUUACUACAGUCUGGAGCAGUAUGAGAUGGCAGAAAACUACUACCUGAAGUCGCUGUCACUGAGUCCGCCUGUCCUACAGCACCCCAUGGAGGCUCGCUACUACACCAAGGUCUACUGCAGGCUGGGAAACUUCACUCUACACAAACUCAAGGAUGCUUUUGAUGCAGUGGGCUACUUCCAGCUGGCUCUGGCAGCAGCACUUGAGGACCAAGCUAACCCUGAGGCUCUGUAUGUGGUGUACAUGAAGCUGGCCGAGAUCCAUGGCAACCACAUGCCCGAUGCUGAGCUGUGCCAAGUUUACAGAGACAGAGCCCAGAGUCUGAAGAGAGUUUUGGCUGGAUUGGAAGGCACUGCUGUUGGACAGGAAAACAAAGAUGAUGCAGAUAGAGAGGCUGUCCAAAAUAUGGAAAAGAACUUGGAUGCUGACGUGGGAUAUACAGAAAAUUUGGUUAAGUCGAGCUCCUCUUUUUAUUCUAUACCUGAAAGUGUGACGAAUGAAGAUGACUUGGCUCCAAGAACUCGUAGGAUGCACGUGAAAUCAGACAACAGAUGCACAGACGCUAAUCUUAGAUUAGGUGCUAAUGGGAAAACCCACCAUAACUAUCUUCCUGACUCAGUGGAUGUGUCUGGCUCUGAGACAGAUACCAUCGCCAGUCAGUCGUACAGUGAAAGCAUUUUCACGGAGUCCUUCGAUACAGCCAAGGAGGACAUGUCAGACUCCAGCAGCUCUACUGACACUCUACAAACUCACCUGAAGCCACCUGAACAUAACAUUCCCACUCAAAUACCUGUUAAUCGCACAAGUGAUGUCACAGGAGACGCACAGUCCAAAGACGCUGAUUCUGAUACUCAGGAUGACGAAAACACCCUCACUAAUGAGACUCCAGCUCAAACAGAGCCUGGUACUGACCAGCGUGUUGUUAUAAACAAUGAUGAAGCUCUAAGAGAGGGCAAAGAGAGAAAUGGUUGUGAGACUGGUGGCGCUCACAGUUAACAGGCUGACGGAGGCACAUAGUCUUUCUCCCUUUACGGAUCUUGCCGGCUUUUGCUUCAUCAGGUCACAUGUGUCUUGGCAGGGAAAAAGCCACAGGGCACAAACCCAAUACUGUAAAUCUAUGUGACAAUUCGCUGAUUUAGAGCAUGUGCAUUCUGUCUUAUGCAAUCACAGGGCACUGUGCUUGCAAUAUAUGUUUUGUACAUUUUUGUAUCUCUGGAAGAUAUGACACAAACAUAAAAAAAAAGUGUUAUUUUCUUUGCUGAGUGUUGAUUUUUAUGUGGUUGCCCAAUCAAAUAAGAGAGGAAUAUGCAGAGUAUGUGCAUGUUUCCAUAAGGAAGAACAGAUAUAAAACACGAAUAAUAAUUACUGCUCAUUUAUACUACCAGCCGUUACUGCUAUAAUGGUUGGUAGUAUUAAUGAUUCUUUGUGGUAGCAUUUCAUGAGCAGUGCCACCCAUUCCAGUAUAUGCAUACAUAUAUAUAGUUAGGUUUCCUAGAAACCAUUUCAAAACAAAGUUAAGUGUGAUAUGCUGUAAAUGUAGAGGAAGUUUUAAACAUAAGCAGAAGUAUGUCUGAGUUAUUUAAAUACAAGGUUAGAUAAAAAUAAUUUGCAUACAGGUGACACGUGCGUUAUUCAGCAGCUUACUUUCCUUAAUGAUGUCAGAAAGAAAUCACAAUGUUCCAGGUGAGAUUUCAUGCCUGAAACCAGGCAAAAAGAGGACAGAAGAGUAAAUAGUGUGAGAAAGUGAUCCCGAAUGCUCUGCAGCUUCCCUGCAGUGUAUUCCAGUAUGUUUUGUCCCUGUGGCUUUGUUUCUUAUUUGUGUUUUGGUUGAUAGAAAGACCACCAUAAACUGAUGCAGACUAGGCACAAUUUGGUGAGGAAAUUGUGAAAAUAUGAAGGUUCUGAUGCUCCCUGUGUUGAAAUUGACCUUAUUCCUGUUGUGUUUAUUGUUAUAAUGGAAAUGCAAAAGAAGGAAUGAAAGAGAAAAUGGUGCAUUUGUUUACCAUAAUGUUGUCUUCAUUGGGUUUAUGUCACAGUGCUCAAGUAAGUUUCUGUUUUUUGACAACCAUGAAGUGCUCUUAGAUGGCAAAGAGCAUGUUCACAGCAGCUCACUUGAUCAGUUAAAAGUCUCGAGCAGGCCAGUUUGAUUCAGAUUUAGCAAUGAUGGCAGGAGGAAUGGAUCCAAGUGACCUCACCGUUUCAGGAGGGAUCUUGGCCACAAAUGCUUUUCGACAGAGUAGUGUGUCUUUGAAAACUGUGGUCUUAAAAAACGUUUUAAUUUAAACCUGUGGGAGUAGUAGAUGGUUAAAGAACUGGUUCUAAUAUAGCGGUUUUCUGCUGGAGCACUCAAAGCACUUUAUGCAACAUGUCUAUCUAACAAUGACAUUCCUAUGAACGCAUCUAGAGCAACUUGAGGUUCAGUAUCUUGCCCAAUGAUACUUUGGCAUGUAGACUGGAGCAGCCAGGGAUCGAACCACCAACCUUCCAAUUAGCGGGUGAGCUGCUCUGCCUCCUGAGCCGGAGGCAAGAACUGUAUGUCGCAUUAAUGCGACAUAAAAGGAAAAGAGAAUAUCUUCCUCGGGUGACUAAGAAGGUGAAGAAUGGAUUCAGACUGUAAGCAAGAACAUCCAUAAGCAGAAGAAGCAGAUGGAUAACGUCAUCUGGUUAGGCUGCAUAAAGCCAUCAUAACAAAGAUGAAUGCACAUUUGAGAGUUCAGCUGUGCAAAAGCCAUUGAUACUCGUCAACAGUGCCUUGUCACCUUGUCAACAAGAAAGCUCCUAUUUUGCCUUUCUGCGUGGUUUGUAUGUUCUCCCUGUGCCUGUGUGUCUUUCUGGAUGGAUAAAAGGAAUGGAUGCAUGAAACUCAUCCAUAUUUCAUUGACAUUUUUAGUCCAGAGACAUGGAUGUUAGGCUAACCAGUGAUUAUCAUUCUGAAUUAGAAUGAAUGUGGUGUGAAUGAAGGCUGUGUACAGUAUAAUUUCCCUUAAAUGUGAUUUGUAAUCAAAGUGCUCUGAAUGGUCAGUAAGACCAGAAAACGGAGUGCAUUAAAUUGUAAAGGUCCAUAUAUUUGUUAUAAUAUAAAUGAUAUAAGAAUAGGUUUUGUAUUAAUCAGCUGAAACUUUAGUCAGCAAAUUAAAAAAUAAAGCACCUGAUCAUAAUCAAGUAUUUAUUUAUAUAAUGCACAAGUUUCCAUUUGGUGAAGCACAAAUAAAAAAAAUAAUUCAAAGUAAAUAUUAAAAGUCACUAAUAAAGUUGUCUUUACAUCAAUCCUGAGCUAUCCGAUUUACAGUGAAAGCCUUCCUGAUACUGAUAUUUUUUUUUUUUAUUAUUGCUUAUUUUUGCCAAUGCUGGGAAGUGACCUGUUCUGUACCAGCUGAAUUACAAAUGCAGGGACGGCAGAAAGAGAGCACAAUAGAAAUAAACUUUCCACCAAAUGCCUGGAAACCACAAAUCCAGGGUGAGCAUAAUGAAAAGUGUCUUUUCAGUCCUUUUACAAGCUUAUUGGAAUCCACUGAUUGGGAAAUACUAUAUUUACUAAUUACAUCAAGCCUAGUCAAAUAAAUGUUGUUUCACAAGGGACAUCACAGGAAACAGAAGUCUAAAAUACACCCACAAAAGAGACUUCAUUUCAAGUAGUUUGGUACUUCCCAGAGUGUCUUUUUAGUGGAUGACAGGCCACUUUAGUACAUCAACUGUUUUUGUGGUUUGGCAUUGACUUUCUGAUAUAAGGAAAGCGUGCUCUUAAAAAGAGGUCGCCAAUGGCAGCAUGCUAUGUUGUUCAGAAACCUGAAUAUGUCCUUCAGCAAUAUAAAGACUUUGAGAGAUGUGCAAGUCACCCAUGCUAUGUGCAUGAACACACUUUCACUCAUGAAACUCAUGCCUAAGAUCAAUAAGGACGAGUUGUGUUCAUUCAUCUGCCAUCUGUGUUUGAGCUACUACUGCACAACUCAGUUCUGUUGUUAUCAUAUUCAUUUUCUUGCCCACCUCUGUUGCACAUCCUUUAAAUCUCACUGCUUUUCUGUCAUUCUGCCUGUUACACUCUCAUUUGUCCAAUCCAUCUCCUCCUGACCACCACCAACAUCUAGACUCAAGGAGAACCUUCCUACUUCCUAACAUUGUUUCACUCCACUCUGAUAUGGAGCUUCACUGGAGUCUACUUACCAGAUCUGUAUCUGUAUUUCAGUAAAUCUUCCUUCAAAUGAGCUGAUGACCGGCUGGAUGGUGCUGGUCCACAGUGUGAUCCAAUAAUAAGGUCACAAGAGUUUUCCUCCUCCAAGCUCUAGAGUUCUAAGACACUAUUUCAGCCAUUCACAAUUGGUUAGCCGUGAUUACUGGUAGUAUACAAAGAUUUUUUGAUAUUCUCUGAAUCCUUUAAUCACAUUGUGCUCCUGAGAUGAUGAAAUCCAGAAAUCUGUAGCAGUUUUGAACAAUAUUCUUCAUUUGUUAAAUGUUUCACUGCCAAUCUUUCACACAAGCCUGAACCGUUAGCCAACUUGAGACUGCUAAGACUUUACUAAGUUAUCACAUUGGCCAUGAGAUGUGAGAAGAAGUGUUUCCACUAUUUGUUUAUUUUUAAUAUUCGACAACUUUUCAUUCCAAAUGUGAAAAAAAAUAAAAAGAAAGUGUGGUCGUAUUUUCAAAGACAAAUCAGAUUGAUCAUUUUCAGAUUUUGGUGUCAUUUUUUCCUCUCUCUAAAUAUUUAUCAUAUGACAAUGAGUACUGAGCAAAAACUAAGCACUAAUAUUUUAUGUAACAGAGUUCUGUUGUACCUUAAGCUCAUUUAGAGGGAAGCAAAAAAUCAUGCUGUAAUUAUACAGUAUUAUUAGGGGACCAGGUAGACUUCAGUUUGCAGUGUGACUAUGGUUGACCUCCUCUCCACUGACCACAGUGCUCUCUGGGCUAAAAUAAAUUAUUUGGAGAACUAUAAAAAGGCAGGAGUCUAAGCAAGCAGAUAUCUCUGUUUUUCUAUUUCUGCUUUCAAAAGUUCUUUUUUAAAUAUACAUCAUAACUUAUAAAAGCUUUUUUUUUUUUUUUAAUAAUGGAGGGUUUUUGUAAAUUUGGCACUUCUUAAACAGCUCCACAAGAGGGCACUCUCUUACUGAUUUACUAUUUGGCUGUACAGUAAAAACUAUCAGCAUGGUGUUCCCGUCUUCAGCCAGAGGUGGGCAGUGAAAGACAAUGCUUAACUUCAUGAUAGUUUUUUUUUUUU